CUCAAGUACAUAUAAAUAGCUGCAACGGGCAAGACAGUUCACUUCUGAGAGUGAGAGUGGAACGUGAGGGUACAACAUGAGGCUCUCCAUAUCCCUGUCGGCUGUGCUUCUUGCUGGGCUGGUAACUGCUGCUCCGACUGAAGAUGGAGGAAGUGACACCACCACUACUACUGAAACCACCGUCAGAAACCUGAAGCCCAGCUUGUUAUCUCAACGACACCGGCCUGUGACCGCUUCUCCAGACACAGAGGGCAACCAGGACGACACAACCAGCUUCCGUCGCACUGUUUCUGAACGACGAGCCUCACUGGCAGCCAUCCAAGGGGACAGAGACGACACAGACAGCCCCCGUCGCACCGUUCCUGAACGACGCCCCUUAACUGACGCACAGAGAGACCAAGACGACGCAUCCAGUGGCAGUGAUUCAACACGAUUGGAAUCUUCACCCAUCGACGCUGACGCUCCUGAGGCUGACGCCUCAACGACAGACACCCACGAUAACGAAGAAACACCCGUCCGUGGUCCUCAAGGUCGCCGCCCAACUCCAUUCUUCUCAAGGCGCCAUGGUGCAGGUCGCUCCAACUCUACCUUGACUGAUGAAGCAGCAAACGAGCCCAGCGCACAGGCCGACACUUCCAGCAAGGGAGAAGAGACCAAACUCAGCGACUUGCUCAGUAGCGAGGGCAGCCACUCUAGGCCAGUCCGAGGCACAGAGGCGCAGGACGACAAGGAUACUACAGCCCUUAAGCCGAAGGAGGACUCAAGCGGUUCAAGAAAGAACGAAUCUCUCUCCAGUAAGUUGGCUGCUGGAACUACAAUACUCACCACCACCACUACAAAAACUGGUUCCUCUACCUCGGAGACCGGUUCCUCCACAACAGAAACCGGUUCCUCCACAACAGAGACCGGUUCCUCUACAACAGAGACCGGUUCCUCCACAGUAGAGACCGGUUCCACCACAGAAACCGGUCCCUCCACCACAGUCCAUCCACGACGCAUCCUUCAGUAACUAGUCCCACGCCGAGGCCUAAACCCCAACUGGAUUCCCCACUUAGGCUUACUACACUAAUUUAUUCCUCCACUUAGGAUUUUAGACCCAACACCGAAGCCUAUUGCAACAACUGAUUCCUCCAUCUAUGAAAAAGUUCGCCUCCAAAGCUUACUCCAGUGACCAAUACUUCUACCUAAACCCACCACAAAGACCUACUGUCGUAGGUUGAUUGAAGUGUCUAGUUUUGCUAGUCACUGGCUUAUUAUCCACAACAAGUGUUGUGAAGCAUCAUUACGACAAGAAAAUCUACUUUACGUUCUUCAUUAUGGAAUCUUUCUUCUAUAUUCAGUUUUUUCCUAUGAAAAAUAGAGUAUAGACGUUCUGCUC